CUCUUCUUCGCGACAUAGGAAUCCUCUCUCCACCACCGGAAAUUUCCAUAAACAACCAAUAACUCCACAGAAAUGGGCCGCCGGCGCGUGGUGUUGGCAACAUUUCCGGCACAAGGCCACAUCAAUCCGGCCCUCCAAUUCGCCAAGCGACUCCUCAACGCCGGCACCGACGUCACCUUCUUCACCAGCGUUUACGCAUCUCGGCGCAUGGCCAUCUCCUCCGCCGCCGCAUCCCCGCCGGGCCUCGACUUCGUCUCCUUCUCGGACGGCUACGACGACGGCCUCAAGCCCGGCGGCGACAGCGGCCGCUACAUGUCCGAGAUGAAAUCCCGCGGCCAGGAGGCCCUCCGGGGCCUCCUCCUCCGCACCGACGCCUCCUUCCUCGUCUACUCCCACCUCUUCUCCUGGGCGGCGGAGGUGGCGCGUGACGCCCACCUCCCCAGCGCCCUCCUCUGGGUCGAGCCCGCCACCGUCCUCUGCAUCUACCACUUCUACUUCAACGGCCACGCCGCCGCCGUCGACGCCGGCUCCGACGACAUCCGCCUCCCGCACCUCCCGCCGCUCGAGCAGCGCGACCUCCCGACGUUCCUCCUGCCGGAGACGCCGGAGAGAUUCAAGUCCAUGAUGAGAGAGAAGCUCGAAACCCUAGACGCCGGCGGAGCCGAAAACGGAAAAGUGAAGGUGCUCGUGAACACUUUCGACGCGCUCGAGCCGGACGCGCUCAGAGCGGUCGACAGGUACGAGCUGAUGGGGAUCGGGCCGCUGAUCCCCACAGCGUACCUGGACGGAAGAGACCCCUCCGACAGAUCAUACGGAGGCGAUCUCUUCCGUGCACCAGACGACGGCGGCGGAUGCGCGUCCUGGCUGGACGCGCAGGCGCCGUCGUCGGUGGUGUACGUGUCCUUCGGGAGCAUGCUGAAGCUCCCGAAGGCGCAGAUGGAGGGGAUCGCGGAGGCGCUGCUGGCAUGUGCGAGACCCUUCCUCUGGGUUAUCAGAGGAGACGAGGAUGAGAAAGACGAAGAGGAGCUGAGCCACGCCACGGAAUUGGGGAAAUUGGGGAAGAUGGUGAGGUGGUGCGCGCAAUUGGAGAUUCUAGGGCACGGGGCGGUGGGGUGCUUCGUGACGCACUGUGGGUGGAAUUCGGCGGUGGAGAGUGUGAGUUUGGGGGUGCCGGUGGUGGCGGUGCCGCAGUGGUUUGAUCAGGGGACGAAUGCGAAGCUGAUGGAGGAUGUGUGGGGGUGCGGGGUGAGGGUGGGGGGAGGGGGUGGGAGUGAGUUGCGGAGGUGUAUAGAGAUGGUGAUGGAUGGGGGUGAGAAGAGCAGGGCAGUGAGGGAAAAUGCGAGGAAAUGGAAGGAUUUGGCGAGGGAAGCUAUGGCGGAUAAUGGAUCUUCGUUUAAUAAUAUCCACGCCUUUCUUCAACAAAUUUGAUUAAUCUCUGCUUUUUAUGGUGUUAAUGAUCAUCAACUGUCAUUGUGUUCUUCUCUGAGACCAUAAAUAGAAUAAGUACAUCUUCCUUCCACCGUCA